CGCAACACUGCUAUGAAGCAAAGAGACGCAAGAAGCAGACAUAAAAGAAACAUAAUUGCAAAACGAACAGCUUUUCGGGGCGAUGGCAAAACAGCCAAGUGCGGGACUGUAAUCGCGGUGAUCGAAAUGUAAUCAACUCGGUGCGAAAUUCCAAAAGAGAUCUGAACAUAGUGUGCAACAAAAUAGAAAUUAUGAUUUAAAGCGACAAGUGACGGAGAACAGUAAAAGCAAACAAAUCUGUUGUUCGAACCAAUCGUGAUCAAACUUGAUAUCAAAAACCAUUAUAAAAUAUGCAAUGGUGCAGUCAGUGAUUUUGUUGUGGCGGAAAAACAUCGAUACAUUGCUCCAAUAUUACAUUACUGUGUCGAUCAUAAUGCAUGUGAAAGCAGUGAGUACAAAGAGUAAAUGUUCGGUCUUUGAAAGAAAUCGGCAUCUUACAUUCGCUCUAGUCAGAGUUUAAAGUGCUAUGCACGAUAAAACAUUCAACAAUCGUGUCCGAUAAAACUAUUUGUCUGAUUGUUACCCAAGUGAAUACUGUAAAAUUUUAAAUAAACAACUAAACACAUAAAUUAAAAAAAAGAUGCCGGAGCUAAUUGGUGUGGGGGAGUUCCUUGAGGAAACUCGAGAGGACUAUAAUUCUCCUACUACAUCCACCUUUGUGUCACGGAUGGCCCAGUGCCGACAAACAAUAGCAACACUAGAAGAGACAUUGGAUUUCGAUCGUGAAGGAUUAACAAAACUAAAAAAGGCAGUUAAGGCCAUACAUAAUUCAGGAAACACCCAUGUGGAUAAUGAGAUGUGUUUGGUCCGAGCAUUGGAACGUCUUGGUUCGGUAGCUUUGUCGAAAGAAGAACCGGAUAUUGGGGCUGCAUUCCUAAAAUUUUCCGUUGUAACCAAAGAGCUGAGUGCACUAAUGAAAACAUUGAUGCAAAACAUCAACAAUAUUGUAAUGUUUCCGGUGGAUUCUUUGCUUAAGUCGGAACUGCGCGGAAUGAAAGGUGAAAUGAAACGACCAUUUGAUAAAGCGGCCAAAGACUAUGAUUCAAAAUUGAUGAAAAUUGAAAAGGAGAAAAAAGCUCUGGCAAAAGAAGUAGGAAUGAUGAGAACGGAAGUGACACCCGCAGAAAUUGCGGAAGAGAUCGAAAAAGAAAGACGUGUUUUUCAGUUACAAAUGUGCGAGUACCUUAUAAAAUUCAACGAAAUCAAAACCAAAAAGGGAAUCGAGUUGCUACAGCACUUGGUGGAAUAUUACCACGCUCAAAAUAAUUACUUUAAGGAUGGUCUCAAAACAAUAGCUCAUUUUGGCACAUACAUAGAAGAACUAAGUAUCAAGCUGCAAACAAUCCGGCACAAACAGGACGAGGAACGUCGAAAGCUACUCGAAUUGCGCACCCUAUUGCGUUCAACGCCAGAUUUUGAUCGCGUAGAGAAUGUUCCAUCCGGUGAUAAGAGUGGAGCCAUUGGAUACUCACUACAUCAAUUGCAAGGCGAUAAAAAUCAUGGUAUUACUCGAAGUGGACAUCUCCUAAAAAAGAGUGAAGGCAAAGUGCGCCGUGUGUGGCAGAAGCGACGAUGCCGUGUGACAGCCGAUGGAUUCCUAGACAUUUGCCAUGCAGAUGAAACAAAAGCACCGACACGAGUCAAUCUACUAACCUGUCAAAUAAAACCUCUUGCAGACGACAGGAAAGGCUUUGACUUAAUUAGUUACAAUCGAUCCUAUCACUUUCAAGCAGAGGAUGAGGCGGAUCAAAAAGCUUGGAUGUCAGUAUUGAUAAAUUGCAAAGAAAAAGCACUGGCUAAAGCGUUCCAACAUGCCAAUCCACAGAUGAGCCCAAGUUUAAUAGAACUGCAAAAAACUGUUAUUAAACAUAUACAAAAUUUACCUGGGAAUGACCAGUGUUGCGAUUGUGGUUCCCGUAAUGAUGUCACUUGGAUAAGUUUGAAUUUCGGAAUUUUGGUGUGCAUCCAAUGCUCCGGGGUACAUCGAGACCUUGGUGUGCAUCAUUCGCGUAUACAAAGUCUAACUUUGGAUAAUCUAACAACAGCACAGCUCCUAGUUGCCCGUGCAAUGGGUAAUAACGCUUUAAAUGAAGUAAUGGAAGCCACCCUUGCACAGGGCAAAUUAACCCCGGAAAGCACUAUGGAGGAACGAUACGAUUUUAUUCGUGCAAAAUAUGUGGCUAAACGAUACGUAAUGCGAACGUGCGCCGAUGAUCGAGAUCUUAGAAAUGAUCUAGAACAAGCGGUCAUCAACGCUGAUCUCGGCCAACUUUUGCAAGUAUGGGCAGAAGGCGCAGAUCUUACCUGUGUUUUACCAUCCUCGGAUUUUGGAGAAACCGCUCUACAUUUAGCAGUGUUGCGCGAAAUGGGUUCAACGCUACACAUUGUAGAUUUUCUCAUUCAAAACAUGACUGCACAAGGAUUGAAUAAGCAAACCAACCCGCCCGGCCCAAUGGAAAUGAGCGGUAAAAACACUGCACUACAUCUAUGCGCUUUACACGAUCGUCGAGAAUGCAUGAAGUUGUUGCUUCGUUCUGGCUGUGACUGCGAUAUACGUAAUUCCCAAAAUAAGCUAGCGUUGGAUAUAGCCAAAGAAAUGGGAAACGAAGCAUGCAAAGAAUUGGUAACGAAUUUAACUAUUAUGAUUAAAAUUUUUUCGUUAUUUACGUUCCGCCAAAAAUGA